AGUUGCUUCAGCGUUUUCAGGACUACGUCCGCAGUGAUGGCGCACGGAUAUUAUAAACUAACGCCUAUAAAAUUGGGCUGCGAGGUCCGCGGCAUCGAUCUAGGAAAACAUGUUUCAGAUGAAGUUAUUGCGCAGAUAAAAAAAGACGUUACCGAACACCGGAUUUUGGUUUUCAAAGAUCAACAUGACAUUUCACCAGAGAGACACGUGCAAAUCAGCCGAUGGUUUGGAGAAUUGGAAUCGUCGGCGUUUUAUAAACAUCCAAAGUCACCAUCACAAGAUAUAUUUCGUGUUUCGAAUGAUGAGUCCGAGGGAUGUACCAAUGUUGGUCGUACUGGGUGGCAUAUUGACGGAACGUUCUUUCCCAAACCAUACAGUUAUUCGGUUUACCACAUGGUUCACGUACCCACCAAUGGAGACACUGUUUUUGCUCCUUUAAAUGACAUUGUAACAGGAUUAUCAGAAGAGCAGAGAAACCGAUGGGAGAGGUUGUGGAUGGUCAGUGAUAGACGUGCUGGCGUGGUACAUCCGUUGAUAUAUUCACAUCCAGAGAGUGGUAAAAAGGUAUUAAUUGUACAUAUGGGCAUGACUGAUGCUUUCAUUUGGGAUAAAGGAACAAAGCAGGAAAGAAUGACUGAGUGGCGAGAAACAAAUCAACUUCUUAAAGAAAUCAAUCAUGAAUUUAUAAAAGACAAUAAAGCUAUCCAGUAUUCACAUAAGUGGAAUGUUGGAGAUUUUAUUAUAUCAGACAAUCUUGCUGUUGGGCAUGAAGCUGCACCAUCUAGCCAAACAUCCCGGAGUGAAGUGGGCUUACGAGUUCUACAUCGAAUAACAGUGGCCGGUAAAGAAGUUCCAACUAAGAAAUAUGAUUUACCACAACUAAAAGAUGAACUGUAAAUCUGUAUAAUUUUUUAAUUAUGUCACUUAAUAUCAGUGAUAUCUCGGUUUAUGAGUAAAACCUGGUUAUACAAUGAUCUUGAAUUUCUAGAUUCCUUGCUCAUAUCACACAUAUAAAGCUUACGUGGAUCAUCUGAGCAUGCAUGUGCAGGCAAACAAGUUUGUACAUGUACUAUCGAUAUAUAUAUAAAACUCGACUCUGACAUAAAAUAAUUUUAGACUUGAUAAAAGUUUAGUACACAUCUAUUAAUGCCAGAUGAAAGUGAAUCAAUAUUUUCAUCUAGUUUGUUAGGAUGUUGCAUUGUGGGAAUGUAUAACUUUACUUUAAUAUAACUUCAUUGACAGGUAUAAUGGUUGACUAUUUAAUCUGAUCACGAGCUUUUACCUAAAUCUCAUUUUACAUGCAAACUUUCCAAAGAUGAGUUUUUAGUAAGAAUUAUUGUUUCUCAAAACCUUGUCAGUUACUUACAUACAUGUAUUAAUAUAUACUUACAUUACAUCCCAUCACAUCACAUCUAUAGGAUAGAACAGAGUAGAAUAGAACAGAGUAGAAUAGAACAAUAGAAUAGAGUAGAAUAGAAUAGAAUUAAAUAUUACAUUUCUUCAGUCAAUUGUACUGAUAAACAUAAAAGGGCCGAUACAUUUUGUUGUUUACUACUGCUGAUCUAGUAAUUGUCAUGUGAUCAAUUUUACGUCUGAAUAAUGUAUUUAAUUAUGGGGUGAUGACAGUAUUCACGUAAUCUUUCUGUGGCGUAACGUAUAACACGCUUGUAGUAUGAAAGUGAAAAUAACAUAUCAGAAAGUCAACCCAGAGACAAAUAGAAAUUGAGCCACAAUGUUAAUUAUGCAUAGUAUGGCGUACUGUUUGUGAUUACCGUAUUUAUUCUAAGAUGUAGUAUAUGCACAUAAGCAUCAAAAGGGUGUUUAUGGUCAAAAUUUUAUUGAUCUAGUAUAUGAUACUUUAAAGCGGGGGAGUCGUCAUCUGCGGAUGCAUCAGAUGGCCAUAGCAUGUCAUUGUUUACCAACAAGUGUCUACCCAUGAGCCUUUGCAUUUUUUUAGCAUGUGCUGUUAUAGUCACUUGGGACUCAAUUCCCAAGCAAGCGCAGGUGACGACCAUCCCGCUUUAAUUAUUUGUGUAUGCGUGUUUCUAAAUGCACUUCAAGGUAAGACAACGUAUUAUUGUAUCCUUCAAACAACUAUUGCAAUAUAUAAAGCACCAACCUGGUUGUUACAGGAAUCUCACUAGCCAUACAAGAUAAAGUAAGCAAGUGAAUUUGAAUGUUUUUCUUCUAAUGGAAGUAUUUAUUAAACAGUCAUUUGA